AUGGGCAGUUCUGUAGAUUCGACGCAAGUUUCAGCCGGUGUAUCCGGUAGUUACUCAACCCGUUCGGGUUUAUCGAAAAGCUGGCGUGCCGUCAAGUCGCAUACAGGUGUGUAUACAGGUGGAAAAGUCGAGCUUUUCAAUGGUCGCAUUAGCGCCGAUGCGGCGCCUCGGGCGCUCAUAGCCUGUAUGCUACACGAUGACGUAGCUAUCAUUGAUGCAGAGACUGGAGAGCUUCAACGCACAUUGCAGCAAGACGUGGAAGAAGAGGAUGCCAAAGAGUCGUUCGUGGUGUUUGCCGUGCGUCCAGGCAAGAAGAAGAACCAGCUUGUGACGGCUGGACGUAAUCUUUUGCUUCGUAUAUGGGACCUUGAUACCUUUAAAUGUGUCCGAACGAUCAAGGCUCAUGACACGCCUGUGCUGGCAAUGGGAUUUGACCCGUCGGGCACGUUACUGGCCACAGGAGGCAGCGAUCGCAUCGUAAAGGUCUUUGAUGUGGACAAGGGCUUUUGCACGCACAGUUUUCGUGGUCAUUCAGGUAUUGUGACACUCGUGCAGUUCCAUCCAGAUGCCAAACGACUUUCACUUGUGUCAGCCAGUGAUGACGCUACAGUGCGUGUUUGGGACUUGUAUACACAGAAGCAAAUGGCGUGUAUACAGGACCAUAUGAGUCUAGUGACAAGUGUUGCGUUCUCAGAAGAUGGAUACACGAUGUUAUCAGCUGGACGUGAUAAGGUCGUCAACUUUUGGGACUUGCGUGACCAGAAACUUAGCAAGACGGUAGUGGUUCAUGAAGCUGUCGAAGGACUUGUGGUCGUGCCAUUAACUUACAAGUGCGUCACGAAUGCUGCUGCUGGAAAGUCUCAGGAUACGAAAGCAAUCUACUUUUUAAUUGCUGGAGAGAAAGGUGUGCUGCGUCUAUGGCGUAGCAGCGGCAAUGCUUGUGAGACGCUGUUCACGCAAAAGUCAGACGCCUCGUCAGCAGUAACAUAUACGGAUAUGCUGCUGAGUGCUACUCGCCGUGAGGUAGUGGUCGUGUCAUCCGAGCAGAACUUUGUGAUUUUCGAUGAAAAUCUGACUCGUCGCACACAGAUUAUCGGCUUCAAUGAUGACAUUCUCAAUCUUAAGUAUAUUCCGAAGGCUGAUGCAAGCGGUGCACCUUCUGAUAUCCUGGCAGUGGCCACAAACAGCGAGCAGAUCCGUCUUUUGAACCGUAACACGCUGUCCUGCGAGCUUCUUUCAGGUCACACGGAUAUUGUCAUGGCCCUAGCGGUCUCUCCUGACGGUCGAUGGCUUGUAAGUGCCUCGAAGGAUCGAACGGCUAGGCUUUGGGAUUUGCGGCCUACUGGAGGCAAGAAGAUGGGAAAAACUUUACCGCGUUGUGUGGCGAAAUGUGCGGGUCAUACUGAGGCUCUUGGUGCCAUUGCCAUUUCGCAGCGAGCUACCAGCUUUGCCACUGGUGCUGCUUUUUUUGUGACUGGCAGCUCGGACAAGACGCUCAAGAUGUGGAGCCUUCAGCCGCUUGCUGGAUCGUAUGCUACACCUGCGAAGCCUGCACCGACAGAGCUGACAAUUUCUUCGCUUGGUGCCAUCAAGGCCCACGACAAGGACGUAAACGCACUCGCCGUGUCACCGAACGACCGCUUCAUUGCCAGCGUGUCGCAGGAUAAGCUCAUUAAGGUCUGGCACACGCAGCAGGCAGGCGCUGGCCGUCUUUUGACACUGGCUGGUGUCUGCAGAGGCCACAAACGUGGUGUCUGGGCUGUCGAGUUCUCUCCUGUGGACCAGUGUCUUGCAUCUGCCAGUGGUGACAAGACGGUAAAGGUGUGGUCCGUUAAGGAUUUUUCGUGCCUGAAGACGUUUGAGGGUCACACGGCUUCUGUACUGAACGUGCAGUUCGCCUGUGCUGGCAUGCAGAUUUUGUCUGCAGGUGCCGACGGACUUGUGAAACUGUGGACCAUCAAGAGCAACGAGUGCGAGGCCACCCUCGACAAUCACGAGGACAAGAUCUGGGCUCUUGCGGUGUCCAAGGAUAGCUCCGAAAUGGUCAGCGGUGGUGCAGACUCGACCAUCAAUCUUUGGCGCGAUUUCACGGAAGAGGAAGAGCGUGUACAGCAGGAUGAUCGUGAUGCCAAGCUAUUGAAGGAACAGGAGCUCUUCAACUGCCUUCGUAAUAACAAACUGUUGGAUGCUUUGCGGCUCGCGUUUGAGCUCAACCACCCGAACCGUAUGCUGCAAAUUCUGCGCGACCUGCUUGAAGGCCCUCGACACAAGGACCAGCCAGUGCUGCCUGGCGGCAAGCCCAUUGACCCGGACAACUUUUCUCCCGAGGAUAUUUUUGCGCCUGUGGUGCAGAGCCUAGAAGACGAGCAGCUAACGACACUUAUGAAGUGGUUGCGUGACUGGAACACAAACGCGCGCAACUCGAGUGUCUGCCAAGUGCUUAUGAGCACAAUCUUGCGUACACUGCCUCCAAGCCGUCUGAAAUCGCUGGAUGAUGUCUCCAAGACUGUGGAAGCACUUAUUGCCUACAGUGAGCGUCACUUCCAGCGCAUUGACCGUAUGCUGCAGAAGUCAUACCUCGUGGACUUUAGUGUUGUGACGAUGAAGAAUUUAUUGCCGGUUGGUGAAAGCGAGUCGGCUGUCGAAAAGACGGACAGUGACGGCGUAGCCGAGGAAGAACAUGUGAAGCCUAAGCAGAAGCCACGGAAGCGUGGCAAGGCUGCAGCUGCUGGAAAGAUCAAGAAGCAAAGAGUGUAA